AUCUAGAAUGGGAUGCGAGAAAGUGGAAGAGAGAGAUAGACAGUGCAGUGAAAGGUGACGGUCUGAGGAGGUGGAAGCAUGCGAUGGAGCGAAAGACUACUUUGGAGUGGUACAGGGAAAAGGAAGCCCCGCAGUGUGUCAGCUGGUAUGAUGGAAGCCUGGGUGGUGAUCUUCUCUUCCAAGCUCGAGCGCAGUGUAUGAAUGUGAAUGCAAGAAAUUACAGGUGGUCUGAGUCCCGCAGCAAAGUGUGUCAGAUGUGUGACAGGGGUGUGGAUGAAACUGUCGUGCAUGUGAUACUGGUGUGUGGGAGGUACCGGAGAGAAAGGACGGAGAUGAUGAGGGUGGCACUGAGUGAGAUGGGCUGGGAUGUGAAUGGGAGGAUUGCAGGAACAGAGAGGGAAUGGAUGCUGCUGCUGCUGGGACUGAGUGAUGAAGCAAAUGAUAGAAUUAUAGAAGCCAUGAAGAGUUUUCUGGAAAAGAUGUGGUGUGCAAGAAAUAGGGAAUUGGAAGAUGUGUAAUGGAUACUGCUUGUUUUGUUUUAUUUUUACAGGUUGUGUCGAUGCGAAGGCCUGACUCUCCAACGGGUCACCUGUACAGCAAGAGCAAGAGAGCACACGCCGCAUCCCUUCUGGCCCUGCCCAACCAGCCCCCUAAAACACCCCAGAAGAAGAAGACGACGAAGGCUCCACACCCACGGGCCAGCGCUGGGGACCUGCUGGCCAGCGACACCCUCAGCCCCAACACUGCCAGGACAACACCUCCACCACCGCCGCCGGGAAGUCUUAACCUUCUCAUGCAGCAGAAGUAGAAGGACAAGCAGGACCCGGACGGUGACAUCAUUAUGAGGCUUGAGUACGGUCUCCUGAACUCCUCGUCCCUGGAGCUGAUUGAGCAACCCAUCACUGACCCGUACGCUCUCAACAGCGCGGAGACGGUGGUGAGCAUAGCCAAGGGGUGCGAGGAGGAGGUGUGCAAAGUGGACAUGCAGACCGAGGUGGCGUUCCUGGAUGGUUUGGUCAUCAUAGGCAAGAUCAACCGGCUUGAGGUGACAGCAAGCAACAAGGGGGAACACGUGUACCUCCCCAGCCUAAUGGUGAGCCUGGCGCCGCCCCUCGUGGUCUUCCAGCCUCCUCACCAGUGCAUCUUCCACUCCUCCGAGCUUGUGUAUAACUUGACCAACCCUCUGAAGAGCAGUGCUGAGAGCGUGUGAAGCAGUUUGCCAACCUGGUCCUGGCCCUCAUGAUGCUGUUCGCCAGGUACAAUCACUGGAUGGUGGGCGACAAGUUUGAGAGACUCGCCCCCUCACUGGUGUUCUUCAUGCUAACCUGCUGGCUCAUCGCUGAGUACCAAAUCCACCGGAAGGAGAAGAUGGACAAGGCGGCGGCAGCGGCCAAGAAGUCACCCGCCGCAGCUGCCGAAGGGAAGGACGGAGGAACAGCCGCCAACUCCAUCGCUGGCAGAUCCACGUCUACUCUCGUCUCCUCCUCCGCCUCCUCCUCCUCUCAACAUGGACGGUCGAAAAAGGAUGUUUAGUGUGGAGGUGUUUGAUUGGGGUAUGUGGGUUGGUGUUUAUAAUUUCAUUUGUGUGUGUGUGUGUGUGUGUGUGUGUGUGUGUGUGUGUGUGUGUGUGUGUGUGUGUGCUACCCUUCCCUCCCUCCCUCACCCCAAUGUUUGUCUCUAGGUGUUUGUAGGUGAUAAGAUGACCUUUCAACACACCUUCUUUCUUUCCUUUAUUCUUUCCCUCUUUACGACAUUAUUGUAAGUAUACGUAACCUUGAACUAAUGAAAUACAAGUUACGUGAACCCUACCCUCGAGAUAUGUUAUUUUCAUCUCUGUAGGUAUAGGCAAGAUUACGUCUCUUAAACUAACGAUAUAUAAGUUAUGUCAACCUUAACCUGCGAGGUGUUUGUAUAAGUAACCUCAAUUCACUGGUAUGUUUGUAUAAGUAACCUCAAUUCACUGGUAUGUUUGUAUAAGUAACCUCAAUUCACUGGUAAGUUUGUAUAAGUAACCUCAAUUCACUGGUAUGUUUGUAUAAGUAACCUCAAUUCAUGGGUAUGUUUGUUUAAGUAACCUCAAUUCACUGGUAUGUUUGUAUAAAUAACCUCAAUUCACUGGUAUGUUUGUAUAAGUAACCUCAAUUCACUGGUAUGUUUGUAUAAGUAACCUCAAUUCACUGGUAUGUUUGUAUAAGUAACCUCAAUUCACUGGUAUGUUUGUUUAAGUAACCUCAAUUCACUGGUAUGUUUGUUUAAGUAACCUCAAUUCAUUUCAUAUGUUGUAUGUUACAGUGAUCUCUGUAUGUAUAGGGAAGAUUACAUCCUUUAAACUAGCAAAAUAUAAGUUACGCCAACCUUA